ACAAAGAAUACAAAUGAACGAAGGGCAAAAAGGGAAAACAGAAUCAGAUUCAGAGGCGGGAAAAGGACACGUAGCGAAAUCCGAAUCAAACAGGAAGGUGGAUCCCAGAAGUUUCGACGAAUUCAUGAAGAAGGUGAACAAAAUCGCCAAGUAAUUUGGAAUUUGAAAUCCGCCGGCCCAUGUCGACGGAGGAUUGGUGGGAGAAUACGAUCUAUUACCGCUUUCGGAGGAUCUGGAGAAGGAUCAAAUUCCGCCUCGGGAUCCGCGACACCGGACUGCUGAAGCUGAAGCAGGAUGUAAGAACAAGCGAGUAUGAGGACAUACAUAUACUGUGGGACAUGAUUCACAAGAAAGAAGAGCUCAGUCGGUAUCCUAAGACGCCGAAGAAAACAUGCUGGAACCUCGUGGAACUGGCGAGGCGAGCCCCGAGUCUCUGCAGAAACCUUUGAAGGUAUUUGGGCAAAUCCCAUUCCCUCCAAAACAUUAUAACGCAGCCUCGUACGAUCAAAGAAUCAUGGGACAAAGUUGGUUCUUUCACUUACAAGGGGGGAAGUCUUUUCUCUUCUUACAUUUGUUAAAGCCAAUGGGUAAAUAUCACAUCAUUUAUUUAUUUAUUUAUUUAUUACUUUA